GCGCUGAGUGCGAACAAUCGGAAGCGUCAACCAAAAGAGCAUUAAAGUACGAAAUUGGUUAUUACAUAACCAACGGCUGACGUCUUGCUUUCUUUCGUUCUUUUAUCCGUUCUUUUUUAUUCGUUGUUUUUUUUUUCUCUCCUCUGUCGCGAAUGGCAAGAGCACAAACACAUAUCUGCUAAAUGGAUAAAUUAUGUAUGGCUUGAGAAAAUACUUUGGUGUGAAAGCCAAAUUCAUAAAUCGACAUUGAGUUUUUAAGCGUGUGUAUGUGUUUGGUUGCAUAAAUUGCAAGGCAACACAGAGAAAAAAAAACAGAUUUUUCUUCAAACGACAAACAAAUAACACAUCGACCAAAUGCAUUGCCCGUAUUUACGUAUUAAAUUGUGAUGUCGCUUAUUUCAAAUUGGAUACAUGAAUAAAGUGGUUUGCCGCUACUACUGCUGACAUUGCAUUGUACAAUAUCGACCAAAACAUUGAAGAAUUAAAAAAAAACCUCUUGGUGUGAGUAGCAAACCCGAACGAAACAGCACACUACACACAGCGACAGUCGGGUUGUCUCGUUCUAGUUGAAGCGGAAGAGGUUCGUGUUUCAACUAAUGUCAAAGUCAUCAUAUAACCGCCUCACUCACUCCAAUGUGGAUGUUGGUGUGACAGUGCGCCCAAUGUACUGCGUAGCGACUUUCAGUAUCGAUACAAACGAUGACAGCUACAAAAGUCGGAAUGAAAGCAUCGCCAUUAUUGUAUCUACAAAAUUCAUGAAGUUUAUUGAAAAAUUUACCAGUUCAUUCAAUGGCAUUCAUUGAAAAUUCAUAUUCAAACGGUGUGCAAAGUGUUUGCUAACGAAUUUAUCGGUUAAAAAGUUAUCAGGCGGCUGUAUGGAAUUCAAAUGGAGAUAUCGGCGAUACCAGAAGCAGAACGCGAAGCAAGUGAAGUUUUGCAUUCAUUGUUGCCAGUUGAACGGAUCGAAAGGAAAGACGAAAAUGAAAUUCACAGAAGAACGGAGGAGAAUAAUAGUAAUGCUUCCGAUGAAUGGGAACAAGUAUCACUGAAUUGCCGAAAAUCGACAAAACAAAUCAAUGUGGUAAUUAAACAUCAAGAUGAUGAAAUUGGCGAGAUAGUUGACGUAGAAUUCAGUGAUUCGGAUGAUAGGCCGCUGCCUCAAAUCGAGCUUAAUACACCGAAACCGUUGACUGAGGCGAGAAAGAGAGUUCGAAAAACAGUUAAAACGACCAAAACGAAAGGAUCACAGAAAAAGACUGAUAGUCGUAAAAAUGAUGACAAAGAAGCGGCACCAACGGAGCUCGAGAGUUCGGCUGGUGAGGUUAGUGCACGGUUGGCAUUGGGUUGCGAGUGCCAGGGUGCUUGUUUCAAAGAUUUACAAGCCGAAAGUGUUUAUCGCCAUCGUUUGAAUAUUGCUGAGCUGACAAAACAAGAGCACGACAUGUACUUGAUGGGUGUUACGAUGGCAUGUUUAUCAAAUCGAACGGAAACCAAUCGCCAUAAAGAACGAAUACGACAGCGAGCAGUGUAUGUGUUUCAGGGCAAGCGUGUUUGCUUGGACGCCUUCAUCUAUCUAGAAAAUGUGACACAAUAUCAUUUGAAGCGAAUACGACGACAUGUGAUGCUGAAUGGUGUUACACCACGUGUACACGGAAAUGUUCGCAAGAAACCGCACAACGCACUGUCACUUGAUUUGUACAAAUUUGCCGAAAACUUUGUCAAAUCGGAGUUAGCACAACACACCAAUGAUCUUAACAAAAGUGUCAUUGUAGUGAAUGAGCCACGAAUACAUCUGUACCAGAAAUUUCGAGCAAAUUGUCCAAUCGAUGGCAAAUUGAUGAGCUACUCAACAUUUCGGCAUUUUUUGAAGAAGCAAUUUCCACAUGUACGAUUCUCUGUGAAUCGACCGCUCGACAGCUAUGCCAAUCGGACCAUUAAGCGCGAAAAGAAACCUACAAGAAUGAAGAUCGAACAAGGAUCGCAUUCGGGCACAUCCUCCACCAAUGCAAUGAUACAAUCUGAAGAUCAAAAAACCUACUCAAUCGGCGAAUAUGAUACCGAAGCGGCAUCCGACAUGGACGAACUGGACGAAGAUGAAGAAAUUUGCGUUGAAUUUAUCGCCAAUGACGACAGCUAUGAGAGCGAUAACAAUGAAAAUAACGAAUAUCAAGAUGUUGACUUUCUAGAAUCCGAAGAUGAAUAAUAAUCUAUUCCACUAUAGUACUCUUCUCCACAAAGAGAACCAACUUUUUUUGUAUUGUAUUAGAUGUAUGAAUUUUUUUUAGAACAUGAACCAAAUAAACAUUGUAUACCUUUUGUCUCAUGGACGAAAGAGCAUACCCAUUUA